UUCGUCAUUGAGAAGCAAGAUGGCGUCAGCAUCAGAACAUCAGGGUGCUCCAGACAGCGAACUGGCCGAAUUAUUAGACAGUGCUCUUGAUGAUUUUGACAAGACCAGUGUGCCUCCUGUGGCCCCCACUGCCCCUGGUCCAGGAACGACGAGUGAUCAGAAGCCUCCUCUGCUGGAUGACAGUAAGAUCUUCGAGACUCUCUUUGAUGGUGAGAUGGCCAAUCAAGCACGUGAGGAGUGGGAGAAAGCCAUGGCCGAGUUAGCGCAAGAAGAACCUCAGCUUCUACAGCAUUUUCAUAAGCUGUCUGAGGCAGCAGGUAAAGUAGGCACAGAUGUAGCUUCACAACAAGAGUUCACCUCCUGUCUUAAGGAGACCCUUGGUGGUUUGGCGAAAAACGCAGACAACCUCCAGAAUGCAGGACUGGCUGGAGAUGAUCUGGUAAAGACCUUGGAGAACCUGGGAUUGAAUGAAAAUGGGGAGGGAGGAGAUGAUGGAAAUAUUCUCCCAAUUAUGCAGUCCAUUAUGCAGAACCUUUUAUCCAAAGAAGUUCUAUACCCUUCUCUUGAAGAGAUAACGGAGAAGUACCCUGAAUGGUUGGAGAGCAACAAGCAAUCUCUUCCCACAGACCAGUUCAUGCGGUAUGAGCAACAGUACAAACUAAUGGGAGAAAUAUGCAGCCAAUUUGAGAAAGAUGGAGACAAAGACAGCACAUUUGAAAACAUUCUUGAACUCAUGCAGAAGCUGCAAGACUUGGGUCAACCGCCAAAAGAGCUUGCUGGAGAGGCACCUCCUGGCUUGAAUUUUGACCCAGAAUCUCUGCAAUUUCCUGGAGUGCAAGGAGUCCCAGGACCAGAGCAGUGCUCAAUCAUGUGAUCUCAAUGAGGUCAAAUCAAUGUACAUUUGAAAACGAUACAAUUUGGAGCUAAUUAUCUGAACCUGAGUUGGACACAGUUGAUCAUGCUCCCCUUUUAAUGGAGUUUGCUUUUGUGUCUGCACUGAAACUGUGAACGUUCACUACAUUAAUUUUACUUCGUAGUUCUUGUCCACUGAGGUCCUUUCCAUAUUUAUCCUUAUUCCGUUCACUGUCCUCACUGUGCGUUUUGAGUGAAGCUUGAUAUCUCAGUGUGCUGACAGCUUGGUUUUCAGAAUUUUUUUACAGUUUUACUUCAAGCACAUUUGACAGGUGUCACAGUGAAUUGUGUUUUGUGUAAGUAGAGACAAAUGGACAGGAAAGGUAUUUACAGAUUGAUUGGUUUAAUUUUAUUUGUAAAUCUCAGAAGAAUGGUCUGGGUCAACAAAUAGCUUCCAUCAGAUUGAUGAAAUUAUUUUAAUAUACAGCGUAAUGUCCAUUUAUUCUCACACUAUAUCAUGUAUGCUAUUUCUGUGAUCUGACAACUAAUCUGUGACCAAAACGCAUCUCUCAGAUCCAUCAUUUUCAAAAAACUAACUGCAGACAGUUCAGAUAAAGGCUGAUAAUAUAUUGAUAUUAUCAUUCUUUGACCCAUAGUCUGCAUUUUUAACUGAGUAGAAUAAUUAUCUCUCCCUUUGUCUUUUAAUGGUUACUAUAUAUAUCUGCAUAUAGAGCAGUUGAAGUGUUGGCAUGUCAAUUUAAAUAAUUCCCAUCAUUCCUAUAGUGGUGCCUCUGUGUGAUGUGUUAAAUCCCAGGAUACCUCAAAAGUAGGUUAAAGUUUGCAGCCGUUACAUUUGAGGGGAUGUUUACAUGGUUCUUUUAUGCAAACAUGUUUGAGUGGAUGGAAAUGGGAUUCUUUCACAGGAUCAAAUGUGGAGUUGGUUAUCAGUUUGCUUUCUUUACAUGUGGCAUGAGCUCUAUCGUAGUAUGAUAUUAUGUGGCCAAAAUAAAGAUUAUGAUAAGGAUAGGAUGGCCAUGCAGAUGAGCCGGACAAAAAUAUCUAAUGGUUACAACACUCAGGGGUUGCUCAAACACAAAGCACUUAAAUCAGCUCAUCAAUAUUCUUUGUACUGUAAAAUGUUCCAUUAAAUGUGCAGUUCAUUGGUCUUGUCAUACCACACUGUAUGGAAUUGCAAUUCUCUAAAAUCGAAAUAAACGUUAUGAACUUA